AUAAAAGGUAAUUUCCAAUUUUUUCAUUUUUUCAAAUUUUAAUUUAUUUUACUUUCUCUCUCCUCCUAAUACUUCAAACUUCUCUCUCUACUUCUUCUUUGUUCUUCCUCUGCAAAUCCCACUUCUCCCUGACUCAAACCCUUAACUCUAAAUGCAUUAUAGGUGUUAGAUGAUGAUGAUGAAGUUUCAAAAUCAGUUCAACGGUGUUGAGAGUUUGGAGCAGAGAAGGAGAGAAACUAUGGUGGGACCCAGAUCAAACGGAGGUGGUAUUCGGCCACGGGAAGCAUUUUCCUCCAUUAAUGGUGGCCGUCGGAUAUCGUUCCCGGCUAGCGCCCCACCCAGUGCUCCCGGCAGCAAUGCCGGUUCUGAUGUUGGUGUACUUGAUUUCAACAAGGAAGAUGUUGAGGUCUUGUUGAAUGAGAGGAUGAGAAACAAGAACAAGUUCAAUUAUAAGGAGAGAUGUGAACAAAUGAUGGAUUACAUAAAAAGACUCCGGCUUUGUAUUCGAUGGUUCCAAGAGGUUGAAGGAGGGUAUCUCGUAGAGCAAGAUAAUCUCCGGGAGUUGCUGCAAUCGGCAGAGAUAAAAUGCUCGGAGAUGGAGAUGCUGAUGCAAAACAAGGAGGAAGAAUUAAAUUCUAUUAUCAUGGAGUUGAGAAAGAAUUACAAUUUGUUGCAGGAUAAAUGUGCAAAAGAACAAUCAGAUAAAACGGGUUUGAUGGAUGACUUAUCAAGAGAAAAAGAGGCCAGGAUUGCCGCUGAAAGAUUGCAAACUUCUUUGUCUGAAGACCUUGAAAAAAUUCGCCAAGAACAGGAAACUUCCAGUCAAAAGAUAUCUUCCCUAAAUGACAUGUACAAGAGAUUACAGGAUUAUAACAGUAGUUUGCAGCAGUAUAAUAGCAAACUUCAAACGGAACUUUCUACAGCCAAUGAGACCUUGAAACGCGUUGAGAGUGAGAAAGCUGCUGUAGUCGAAAACCUCAGCACCUUGAGGGGACAGUACACUUCGUUGCAGGAUCAGCUGACUUCAUCCAAGGCAUCUCAAGAAGAGGCUGUCAAGCAAAAAGAGGGUUUAAUUAAUGAGGUGGGAUGUCUAAGGACAGAGCUACAACAGGCUAGAGAUGAUCGUGAUCGCCAGUUGUCACAAGUACACACUUUGACAGAUGAAAUAGGCAAGUACAAAGACUUCACUGGCAGAUCUGUUUCCGAGUUGGAUUGCCUCUCAAUGAAAUCUGAUGAAUUAGAGCAGGCCAAGUGUUCAACUCAGAAUGACCUAGUCAGAACCUUACAAGACCAGUUGGCAGCUGCCCACAAAAAGUUGCAGAUGAGUGAUCUAUCUGCAACAGAGACAAGAAAGCUAUAUGAAGAGCAAAACAUGACUAUUUGUGAUUUGCGGAUUCGCUUGGAAGAUGCAGAAGUGAAACUUGUCGAGGGAGAGAAAUUGCGUAAAAAGUUGCACAAUACCAUAUUGGAACUCAAGGGGAAUAUUCGUGUUUUCUGCAGAGUACGACCUUCGUUACCUGAUGAAGUUUCUAGUACAGAUGCUAAAGUUGUUGGUUUCCCCACAGCUACGGAAGCCAUGGGACGAGGAAUUGACUUGUUGCAAAAUGGGCAAAAACAUUCCUUUAUGUAUGACAAGGUCUUUGUCCCUGAUGCUUCUCAAGAAGAUGUGUUUGUGGAGAUCUCACAGCUUGUUCAGAGUGCACUUGAUGGCUAUAAGGUCUGCAUAUUUGCCUAUGGUCAAACUGGCUCGGGCAAAACAUUCACCAUGAUGGGCAGUCCUGGAAACUCUGAGAAGAAAGGGUUGAUUCCCCGCUCGUUAGAGCAGAUAUUUGAGACGAGACAGUCAUUGAAAUCACAAGGCUGGAAAUAUGAUUUGCAGGUGUCCAUGUUGGAAAUUUAUAACGAGACCAUACGUGAUUUGCUGUCUACGCAUAAAUCAAGCUCAAUAGAUAAUGGCACUUCUGCAAAACAGUACAAUAUCAAACAUGAUGCAAACGGCAACACACACGUCUCUGAUCUUACCCUAGUUGAUGUUCGCAGUUCUAAAGAGGUUGCAUAUUUGUUGGAGAAGGCUGCACAAAGCAGGUCAGUGGGUAAGACCUUGAUGAAUGAACAAUCGUCACGUAGUCAUUUUGUUUUCACGUUGCGUAUCUCCGGUGUUAAUGAGAGCACUGAGCAACAAGUACAAGGUGUACUUAACCUGAUUGACCUUGCCGGAAGUGAGCGUCUUUCAAAGAGUGGGUCUACCGGUGAUCGACUGAAGGAAACUCAGGCAAUUAAUAAAAGCUUGUCCUCCCUAAGCGAUGUGAUAUUUGCUUUGUCGAAAAGGGAAGACCAUGUACCAUUUAGAAACUCCAAACUGACCUAUCUCCUACAGCCUUGCCUUGGUGGGGACUCGAAGACCUUGAUGUUUGUUAACAUCUCUCCCGAAUCCUCUUCGUUGGGCGAGUCAUUGUGUUCUCUCCGGUUUGCAGCCCGAGUCAAUGCUUGUGAGAUUGGUAUUCCUCGACGUCAAACCAAUGUGCGGUCCUCAGACUCGCGUCUGAGCUAUGGCUGAUUUUCUGAGCCAUGAAGGUCAGCUUUGUUCCUGUGGUAUAGCAGGUUGUGUAUUUUGUAUUUUCUUGGCUAAUCAUCAUCACCCUCUUAAGCGAAAAAAAAUAAAGACUAGAAGAACAAAGAACGAAGAAGAACGAAGAACAGAAAGAUCGAUUGAUGAUUCUAACGUAGGCGAGGAAUGAUUUUGUAUAGUGAUUAGUAAAAAUGGAGGAAAUGUUAUGAAUUUGUAAUUUCUGGGAGUGGAAACUUUGGCCACAGUUGUAUUAAUUAAUUAAUUAAUUAAUUAAUUAAUGAUCAAUACAUACAUUAACACUGAGGUUGAUUUUAUUUUUUUCCCCUCAGGUGUAUUUAUUUAUAAUCCUAAUUCUUUCUAUUCUUGUA